ACAGCCAAAACACAGAUGGACGACCUGCAGCCAAAACUAAUACACUUGUCCUGCAGCGACCCACAGCAGCGACAUGUGAAAAGAAUAACGUUAUGUUAAUCCAUGCAAGGUUAUGUAGGUUAUGCCACAGAGGAAGAAGAGAUAGCAGCGAUAGACUAUGAAUUGAGACAAAUAGAAUCGGAGCAGCAGAAGCUCGAGGAUAGAAAAAAAAUCCUGACUCAACGUAAAGAAAAACUGCGUGACGAUGCCCUCCUUAAAAAAAGCUUUACCUUGUCCAAAAAGAACUGGGAUACUGAAAAGUUUCCCUGGUCAAAAGACUUGAGAAAGGCUCUAACAGGGGUUUUUAAAAUUGAUUCUUUUAGAUCACUACAGCUGUCAACAAUGAAUGCCGUUAUCUCAAAAGAAGAUGUCAUUUUGGUCAUGCCUACUGGAGGUGGGAAAAGCCUUUGCUAUCAGUUACCAGCUGCUAUUAGCAAAGGGAUCACCAUAGUAAUAUCUCCACUAGUCUCCUUAAUGGAGGAUCAAUUGCAUGGUUUACGUAAAGUAAACGUUAAAGCAAUGAUGUUAAGUUCAAAAUCUGGCAGAGAAAAUACAACUGCUAUCAUGAAUGGUUUGGUGGAUAAGAAUUCUGAUUUACGUCUAGUGUACGUGACUCCAGAGUAUAUGGCUAAGUCAAACCGUUUUAUGGGAAAGCUACAGAAAGCCUUUGAAGCUGGUCGACUGGAUCGGAUUGCUAUAGACGAAGUGCACUGCUGUAGUCAAUGGGGCCAUGAUUUUAGACCAGACUACAGAUUCUUAGGCAUUCUUAAGUCCAUGUUUCCAGACGUUCCACUUCUUGGUCUUACCGCAACUGCGCCAGCACGGGUAAUUGUCGAUGUACAGAAAAUGUUGGACCUACAAGGAUGCCUGGUUCUAAGGGCUCGAUUCAACAGACCCAACAUCUUCUAUGAGGUCCGCCGAAAGCCCGUCGAUAAAGACACUUGCUUAGCGAUGUUAGAGAAUUUACUUAAGUGUAGAUUCGAAGGUAAAUCAGGAAUAAUCUAUACAACCACUAUCAAGGAUGCCGAACAGCUGACAGAUGAUCUCAGAGCUCGUGGCUUGAAAGUGGGCUGCUAUCAUGCUAUGCUCGAAGCGGACUUUCGCUCGAAAGUUCACUCCAAGUGGCUCUCUGGAGAUUACCAGGCUGUUGUAGCAACUAUUGCUUUUGGACUAGGCAUCGACAAGCCAAAUGUACGUUUCGUAAUCCACCAUUGUAUGUCAAAAAGCAUGGAGAAUUUUUAUCAAGAAAGUGGAAGAGCAGGUCGAGAUGGUAAAAAGGCUGUCUCAAUAGUUAUGUAUCGUCUUGCAGAUAUCUUUAAACUAAGCACUAUGGUUUUCCAAGAUAAGGUUGGUUUGCAGAAUCUUUAUGGUAUGUUGCUUUACUGUCUUGAUCGAAUUACCUGUCGACGAAGCCUGAUAGCAAAACACUUCGAGGAGGACUGGAAAUCCAGCGAUUGUGCACAAAUGUGUGACCACUGUUACAAACCUAAGGAGUCGAAAGAAAUCGAUGUAGGUCCAUAUUGCCGGCAAUUGUAUAAAAUUAUAACAAAAGCAGUCCAGAAUGACACAAGACUCACUGCGCUGAAACUCUUGGAUGCCUGGUAUGGAAAAGGUCCAGUUGCUUCAAGAGUCUCUACCGUGCCAAUACCUAAGUUGUCUAGGGAAAAGGGUGAAGCAAUCAUUGGACAUCUGUUGAUCAAUGGUUACUUACAAGAAGAAUUUCAUUUUGCAGCUUAUUCGACAAUAACUUAUCUCAAACGUGGACCUAAAUCAGGGCUAGCUCAAGUCGAGGAUCACAAAAUUAUGUUUGACUGCGGUGACUGAUGCUUGCAAGACUAUAAUUAUAGUUCUGCAAGUGUUACAGGGAUUUUAAUUUAAUAAUUGACUGCACUUUUGUGCCAUGGAUAAUUAGUUAUUUUUAUCCAUAGGACCUGACUUUGUUAUUUACACCAGUAUUUAUUUUGUAAUGUCAGAGUGUUUGUUUAUCGUGUCUUCAGUUAUAACAUGUUAUAUCCGUUAUGCUGACACUAAAUGCUCAAUUCCCUAAUUGAAAGGAAACGUGCAAUCGUGCACUCUUCAUGUACGCACGUGUUUUGACAACGUUUUUACAUCCGACUUUACCAUCCAUGCUGUGAUAGUAUUCGCAAAUAAACUCUGUCAAAACUGACCUAA